AAAAUAUGAAUAUGAAUUCUGAAUAAACAAAAUAAUUGUAAGAAUGGAAAUUAAAAUACAUAAAGUUGAAUCCAAUAUUGCUUAUAUUUAUGGGUAUAACUUUGAAAAUAAAGAAGGACUAAUAUUAAUUGCAUUUGGAAUAGUAUCACAAACAGUUGAUAUUGAUUAUGAAUAUAUAUCUACUAGGUAUGAUGAAAUUUGUGCUGAUAAGAUUUCAUGUUCUGUAAAUAUAAUGAGUAAAUUUAGAUUAAAAUUUCUGUGCCAUCAAAAAUGAAAUCUCCUGUAUUUUUUUCGUACGAGGUUUCAUCUUUUUUCUAGAACACAGACAAAUACUUUAAUAGCAUUCCUUACGAUUAAUUAUAUGGAGACUUAGAUUUCGAUACAUCAAUUUGUGAUCAAUAUAAAACGAAUAGGGAAAUGGGAAAAACUUUAAGUGUUACAGGGAAAGCUUUGGUAUAAGAUAAUUUAGCUAUACCAUGUGGGAUUGCUGCUUAUUCUUAUAUGAAUGGUAAUGUUCAAAAUAUUAUUAAAUUUAAGAUGAAUUUUAAUUGACAAAAGAUGGUAUUCAAAUUUCAGUCAUUGAUAAAGGUAUUGCAUGGGAAUCUGAUAUUGAAAAGUUUUCCAAUAUAAAUUUAGAUAAUCAGUGGAUAGAUAUGGAAUCAGGUGAUUAUUUUCAUUUAAAUCAGAAAGAUUUAUUAAUUGGAUGAGACCAUCUCCUUUAAGUAGAUUUAGAAAAUUGUGGGGAAGAAUUGAUUAAGAUUUAGAAGCUGGUACAUACACAGUAAAUAUUUAAAUUAGUAAAUUAUUAAUUCAUAUUAGACACUAAUGAUGCUUUUGCUUAAACUAAAAAAUAUGUUCUUUUACAUAACAAUGGUUAAUUUUCAGAUCCAAUUUUGGUGAUUACAUUACCAUGUCUCUGUGUAGGUCCAUUCUUAAUUAUUUUUGGGCUUAUAAAUAUGAUUUAUUGGGGGAAAAAAUAAAAUUUGAUAAAAAAAUACAGAAUUUAUUGA